AUAAUCUGUGGAUCAGCCAGAUUGCCCCGAACCGCAGUUUCAUCAGUCAGAUCAGCGGAGCUCUGUCCGGUGGACGCAGUUAAGAUGUGGGCGUUAUUUUGCUACUUCCUGUUGUUUCUUCUGGGCACGGAUGCGGCUCCGACCGAGGACGAGAUCACCUACCUCCCUGGUCUGGAGAAGCAGCCGAGCUUCAGGCAGUUCUCUGGAUACCUGAACGUGGCCGACGGGAAACAUCUACACUAUUGGUUCUUGGAGUCCCAGAACAAGCCAUCCUCGGACCCGGUGGUGUUGUGGCUGAACGGUGGUCCUGGCUGCAGCUCCCUGGAUGGACUGCUUACUGAACAUGGACCCUUCCUGAUUCAGGACGAUGGUGUGACACUGCAAUACAACCCGUACUCCUGGAACAAGAUUGCCAACAUGUUGUACCUGGAGUCUCCAGUGGGCGUCGGCUUUUCAUAUUCUGAUGAUCAGAAAUACAUCACCAAUGACACUGAGGUGUCGAUGAACAACUACCUGGCCCUGAAGGAGUUCUUCCGCCUGUUUCCGGAGUACAGCAGUAACGAGCUCUUUCUGACCGGAGAGAGUUAUGGAGGAAUCUACAUUCCAACUCUUGCUGAGAGAGUGAUGGAGGAUGCCAGCCUCAAACUGCAGGGCAUUGCUGUGGGAAACGGGAUGUCGAGUUAUGAGAUGAACGACAACUCUCUGGUGUACUUCGCCUACUACCACGGCCUGCUGGGGACUCAGCUGUGGACCGACCUGCAAAAGUUCUGCUGCAGUGAAGGGAAGUGCAACUUUUACAACAACCAGGACAAGAACUGCGCUAACAGCCUAUCCGAGGUCCAGGACAUCGUCUACAAUUCUGGACUGAACAUGUACAACUUGUAUGCUUCCUGUCCAGGUGGAGUCGGUUCAAGGCUCAAUGUGGAAGAUGGUCAGCUGGUGGUCAGAGAUCUGGGAAAUAUCUUCAUCAACCAUCAGUGGACUCAGCUGAGGAACCAGAAAUUACAGAGUCUGGCUGCUUUGCACUUGUCCGUCCGUCUGGACCCCCCGUGCACAAACUCCACCCCCUCCUCCCUCUACCUGAACAACCCUUAUGUCAGAAAAGCUCUACAUAUUAGCCCCAAAGCUCUGGACUGGGUCAUCUGCAGUGCUGAGGUGAACCUGAACUACGGCCGGCUCUACAUGGAUGUCAGGAAACAGUACCUGAAGCUGCUCUCUGCUCUGAAGUACCGGGUCCUGGUUUAUAAUGGGGAUGUGGACAUGGCCUGUAACUUCUUGGGAGAUGAGUGGUUUGUGGAGUCUCUGCAGCAAAAGGUGGAGGUUCAGAGGCGUACCUGGAUCUAUGAUGAUGUAGACGGUCAGCAGGUUGGCGGCUUCGUCAAAGAGUUUAGCAACAUUGCCUUCCUCACAGUGAAGGGUUCGGGUCACAUGGUUCCAACUGACAAACCCAUCGCCGCCUUCACCAUGUUCACCAGGUUCAUCAAGAAACAGCCGUACUGACCUGGGAUGACCUCAGCUACUGUACUGCCAGCCAAUCGGCAACUUUCCUCAACUUAGAUCUUAACAAAUUCAGCACAAAGUUAACCAAUCUCAUUACUCCUAUUCCGGCCGCCAUGGCAGCCUGUGGUUGUCAUGGAAACCAGCACUGACUGUUGGUUUUUAUUGAUUUUUUUUUUUUUUUUUUUUGAAUGUGAAUUGUUUAAAGGGAAAAAUAAAGUUUUAUCAAUGUC